GCAGAUAAGUGAAGUUUGAUGUAGUUUGUUCUUAGUAUAAGUAGAGAAUUGAAUGAAUAAUAACCUGGAUAUGGUGGUAGUAGUGAUUUUUUAACACUCCAGUAUAAUCUACUCCAAAAUUGUAUGUGUCUGCCUCUUCAAACUAGCCCUGUAGAGAUGCUUCAAGGGUCUCUAGGGCAUUGAAGAAAGUGAGCAGACACAUACAUUGGUCAACACAGUUACUUUUAACCACAGCAGUUACUUGUGUUUACUUGUUUGUGAGUUCUCAUUUUGAAUCAGGGUCUCACUCUAGUUCAGGCUAUUCUAGAACUCACUAUGUAGUCUAGGCUGACCUCAGAGCCACAGUGACCCUCCUGCCCCAGCCUCCCAAGUGCUGGGAAAACAGACAUGAGACAGCUCAUAUUGUUUUAUAUGUUGAAAUUCUAAAUAGUAGUACUUAUUUUAUGGAUAGAAAAGGUGCAGAGGUUUUAUACAGAGUUUAGAAUAGGUGAUCUAGAGUUGAGCUGUUCUGUAUUGGAAGUGCUAGCCCCACGCAGAUACUUAUGUUCAAACUAAUAAAUUAAGAUUUCAGUUCUGCAGUUAUCCUACCCACAUUCCAGAUGCUUAGUGGCUUCUAUAUUAAACAGCAUGGUUAUAGAACAUUUCUAUCUUGGCAGAAAGUUCAUUAGCAUGGACAACAAAAGUGUGUGCCACCUUUGCCUGGUGCCCAGCAUGAGGGAACACAUUCCAGAUUUCUUUGGAUUUCAUUGAUUUUUUUUCUGUGAAUCAGCAGACAACCUAGGAGGGCUUGGAACUACAUAUUGAAGACAAUGUCUGGAAGCUUCUACUUUGUAAUUGUUGGCCACCAUGAUAAUCCGGUUUUUGAAAUGGAAUUUUUGCCACCUGGAAAAGCAGAAUCCAAAGAUGAUCACCGUCAUCUGAACCAGUUUAUAGCUCAUGCUGCUCUUGACCUUGUGGAUGAAAAUAUGUGGCUUUCUAACAACAUGUACUUAAAAACUGUGGACAAAUUUAAUGAGUGGUUUGUAUCGGCAUUUGUCACUGCAGGGCAUAUGAGAUUUAUUAUGCUUCAUGAUGUGAGACAAGAAGAUGGAAUAAAGAACUUCUUUACUGAUGUCUAUGAUUUGUAUAUAAAGUUUGCAAUGAAUCCAUUUUAUGAACCCAAUUCUCCUAUUCGAUCAAGUGCGUUUGACAGAAAAGUUCAGUUUCUUGGGAAGAAACACCUUUUAAGCUAAAUGGAGGACAACUCUGAAAUAAGCUGUAUCAUCGUGGGGUAUACUCAGGAAUGUGUGUUCUGUAAGUAAUUUGAAAUAGCCUGGAAAACAUUCCCUUAAAAUUGUACUUUGUUUUCAUGUUGAUUAUCAGCAUUAAUAUUUGCUUGUGAUCUGUGAUAUUUACAAACAGCUCAUUACCAGUAAUUUUGAACAUUUUUAUUUAAAAGCUUAAAAAAACUUUUGUAUUUCCUAAGAUAAUAUGAUCUUAAUUUAUUAAGUCAAAAGCAUAUGUCAUGUAACUAUAUGUUAUAUUUGUUAGAUUGAAGACUGAAAAGUUCUGGAGACAUGAAUGAAAUGAGUUAUUUAUACAUUUAGAGAUGUUCUUUUACAAUGCAUAAUACACUGCAGUACCAAGGAGCUUAAGCAGAAAGCCCAGGCCAAGUGUUACAUGCUUGCCUACCUACCUCUGCCAGAGGUUGAGAAUAAUCAUCCUGCUGUAACUCUAAACCCCUAAAUCUAUGUAUGCUGGUCCAGUUACAGGCCAUGGCAAAAUGUGUUGCCUCUGUCACCUUAUAAUCUAGUGUUUCCUUUCUCUUAGUAAACUAAAGGUUUAUUUAAACUUAUUAAUAUCUGUACUUGAAAAAAUGUUAUAAUCCAGAUUUGGUAUUACUAAUAAAAGCCUGGGUAACACUGA